CGCUCUCUCCGCUGGGGAAAGGAAAAGGAGGAGCCCCGCGCACGGCAUUCUGGGAGCGCGUGGUGUUGUGGGUAUUCGGGGCCCGCCAUUCCUUCGCUUCACGCCUUCGCCUUCUAACGUUUGUGCGAGAACCGGAAGGCAGCCUGCAGUUAGUUGGCGAGGAAAAGCGGCGAAUAGCACAAGAAGAGUCCUGCCAAGAUGUCUAUUGGUGUGCCGAUUAAAGUCUUGCACGAGGCUGAGGGCCACAUAGUAACAUGUGAGACCAACACUGGUGAGGUGUACAGAGGGAAGCUCAUUGAAGCAGAGGACAACAUGAACUGCCAGAUGUCCAACAUCACAGUCACCUACAGAGAUGGCCGAGUGGCACAGCUGGAACAGGUGUACAUUCGUGGCAGCAAGAUCCGAUUUCUGAUAUUGCCUGACAUGUUGAAAAAUGCACCCAUGUUAAAGAGCAUGAAAAAUAAAAACCAAGGCUCAGGAGCCGGCCGAGGAAAAGCUGCUAUCCUGAAGGCCCAAGUGGCUGCAAGAGGAAGAGGACGUGGAAUGGGGCGUGGAAACAUCUUCCAGAAGCGGAGAUAAUUUUCUCUGUUGAAGGGAACUUUGUUCUUUUUGCUCUUAGGUUAUGGCAGGGGUUUCUUUGGGGGGGGGGGGGGGCUACAUGUGCGUAUGUCCUAGGUUUUCUUUUGAUAUUUCUCUUUGUAUCAGAGAAACUUAAGCUAAAUAAAAUAUGGCUGUUUUGUGGUUUGUGUA